CUCUGGUCUCCUGACUCUGGCAGGGGGAACAUUUGCACUGUUCUUGUUCCUUACCCCAGGAGCUGGCCUAUUGCACAACCUAAGGAAACAGCCCCUAUGCAAUCCUGGCCCACAGAGCGGACAUGUUCUGGUUUUUAUUCAGCAGCUUUUUUAUGAAGUGUGUUUUCCUUUCCCAUCAUGUCAUCUGGAAGCAAUUCCUCCCAACAGCUGGAUUUGCUUUCACAAUUGGUAAACACGGCGAAUGGAAGGCCGGGGACGAUGCGGAGCUCCCCGGAGGAGCCUUGUCCCCACCCGCUUGGCUCGCCUUCUGAAGCUUAUCGCGGGUCCCUGCACAAGCCUCAUCAAAAUCGAGGGCGUCCUCCAGCAGGCGACCCACAUUGCAUUCCCCGCUUAAGAGGGUCAACGUGUUCUUUGGGGGAGAAAUUUUCUGAAUGCUUUGCAGAUAAAAUUGAUCAGAUGCAGGCCAGAUUGCCAGCUGCCGGGGCCGCGUGCGCCUGUGGAGGCCCCACCAGCGCGGGGCACCAGCGCCUCGGGGUCCGCGGGAGGCCUCUCUCUGCACCGCCGCCACCAAAGCCAGUAAGAGAGGACAAAAGCCCAAAGAGCACUGACUGGGCCGUCAAGGAAGAUGAAUGUCUCCCCAAAAGUGCUCCUCGGGGACGAGUUUCCACGCAGAUGCAACCGGAACGCCGGCCAGGCUCCGGAAGGCGAGGCCCAGAGCGCAGCGGCCUCCAAGCGCCGGCUCAGCCUGUUGCCUCCGCAGCCAGGGCCCAGGAGGCCGCUCUUCCGGGGUCACCAGCACGGCUCGUUCUGAGCCUAGAGGCCCAGGGCACAGUGUGAGCCGGAAUACGGUGUAGGGGACACAGCUCAGGCCCCAGGCACUCCCUCCUGUCGCGGAAGAAAUGCUGUUCUUUGAUCAACGUUUCUAAUGUGGGGAAACCAGCCGAGCACGUGGCUGAACUCUAGGAGGGUGCACGGAGUGCUGGUGAGCCCCGCUCUGAUGCACGGAGACGCUGCUGGCCAGGCUGGGGUGGGUUGCAGAGGCUUCCUUCCAUGCACCACCAACCCUGUGGGCAGCCAGGGCCUAGCUCUCAUGAAGGGGCCUUCCCAGGGGGCAAAGUGGGCCUCUGACUGCAACGUUCUCUGGGCAGAGAUAGGCAUCCUUCCCACUGGACAAACAAAAGGAGACCGUCAAGGGGAGAGGCUCACCAGAGGACCCUGGUGAGGGAGACGCCCAGCUCCUCAGCACAAGUCUGUGCUUCUUCAAUGGAGCCCGUUUGCCUGGGCCCAGCGCGUGCGGAGUGCGUUCCUUCUCGCUCCCUCUGUCCUGUGGGCCCUCCUCUCUCUCUCCCUCCAGCCUGGUGGAAGCUUUAUUCUCAUCGGGGGCCAGAGGACAGAAACUACAUCAUACAUUUUCCCGUGCGUCAUGGUAUCUUGCCUGGAAUUUUGAAAAUCUGUGAGUUUCUGGUUUUUCCAUGGCAAGGCUCAUUCCUCCAGACCUUAGUCACUCUGCUCUGGCUGCCUGGACUGCUAGGGAGGGGCCUCAGGGUGCACCUGGAGAAAUUCACUGGGGCCCAGGUCAGAGGGAUGGGUGGGUGAGAGCAACCCCUUCCUUAAUAGUUCAAAAUGGCCCUCUGGCUUAAAGAGACCGAAGUCAUGUAACAACCAAAUGCAACGUGUAGGCCGUGUUUGGAUCCUGAUUCAAACAAACCAACUGGAAGAGGAGAUUUGGGGAUAAUCAGGAAGAUUUGAAUUGGGACUGUGUAGCAGAAAAUAGCAAAGAAUUAUUGUUAAUUUUGAUGUGUGCGAUAAUGGUGUGGUGGUUAUAGAAGAAAACAUCCUUAUCUUUUAAAUGGUGUAUAUUAAAGUAUUUAAGGGUGAAA